CCAGCUCAACCUGCAUCAUGAAAUUCUUUAUUGAUGAACUUCCGGUUCUUUUCCCGUAUCCGCGCAUCUACCCCGAACAAUAUGCCUACAUGUGCGAUCUCAAGAAGGCCCUCGAUGUCGGGGGUCACUGUGUCUUGGAGAUGCCUUCGGGAACCGGCAAGACUGUUUCGCUUCUGUCCUUGAUCGUGGCUUAUCAACAACAUUAUCCGGAGCAUCGAAAACUCAUCUAUUGUUCUCGAACCAUGUCAGAAAUCGAGAAGGCCCUAGCAGAGUUGAAGGAGCUGAUGAAGUUUCGAACUGAACAACUCGGGUACACCGAGGACUUUCGCGCAUUGGGCCUGACGAGCCGGAAGAACCUGUGUCUCAACCCGUCCGUCAAACGAGAGAAGAGUGGUGCGGUCGUGGACGCACGAUGUCGGAGUUUAACGGCCGGAUUUGUCAAGGAGAAGAAGGAGCGAGGAGAGGACGUCGAGCUGUGCAUAUACCAUGAGAACCUCGACCUUCUCGAACCGCACAACCUCGUCCCACCCGGUGUCUUCACUCUCGACGGUCUGCUGAAGUAUGGAGAGGAAAAUAAACAGUGCCCCUACUUCUCCGCACGACGCAUGAUGCCGUUUUGCAACGUUAUCAUCUAUUCGUACCACUACCUCCUCGAUCCCAAAAUCGCGGAACGAGUCUCCAAAGAAUUCUCCAAGGAUAGCAUCAUCGUCUUUGACGAGGCGCAUAACAUCGACAACGUGUGCAUCGAGUCGCUCAGUAUUGAUAUCACGGAAGAUUCCCUACGAAAAGCUACCAGGGGUGCGAACAACCUCGAACGCAAGAUCACCGACAUGAAGAGCUCAGAUGCGGACAAGCUUCAAAACGAGUACACAAAACUUGUCGAGGGGUUGCGGGAAGCAGAACAGUCCAGAGAAGAGGAGCAGUUCAUUUCGAACCCCGUCCUUCCAGAUGACCUACUCAAAGAGGCAGUACCGGGGAAUAUCCGGCGCGCAGAGCACUUCGUCGGUUUCCUCAAGAGAUUCAUCGAAUACCUCAAAACCCGAAUGAAAGUCACACACACCAUAUCCGAAACACCUCCUUCAUUCUUAACACAUGUCAAGGAUUUGACCUAUAUAGAGCGCAAACCUUUACGGUUUUGUGCAGAACGCCUUACCUCGCUGGUGCGCACUCUGGAGCUUAUCAACAUUGAGGACUACCAGCCGCUUCAGGAGGUAGCGACUUUUGCAACGCUAGUCGCAACAUACGACAAAGGGUUCCAGUUGAUUCUAGAGCCUUUCGAAUCGGAGGCUGCGACUGUGCCAAACCCGAUUCUACAUUUCACCUGCCUAGAUGCCGCCAUUGCGAUCAGGCCCGUGUUUGAACGAUUCAAGUCGGUCAUCAUCACAUCAGGAACCCUAUCGCCUUUGGAAAUGUAUCCGAAGAUGCUUGGAUUCGACGCUGUCCUGCAAGAGUCAUACAGCAUGACUCUCGCACGGCGGUCUUUCCUUCCGAUGAUAGUCACCCGUGGAUCAGAUCAAGCGCAGAUCUCCUCUGGUUUCCAGAUACGCAACGACCCCGGCGUCGUCCGGAAUUACGGCAACAUUGUACUUGAUUUCUCGCGAGUAACGCCAGAUGGGGUCGUUGUCUUCUUCCCUUCCUACCUAUACAUGGAGUCCAUCAUCAGCAUGUGGCAAGGCAUGGGCAUCCUGGAUUCCAUCUGGAAUUACAAGUUGAUCCUUGUCGAGACCCCCGAUGCCCAGGAGUCAUCUCUUGCGCUGGAAACAUACCGGACGGCCUGCUGCAAUGGUCGAGGCGCUAUCCUUUUCUGUGUCGCGCGUGGUAAGGUUUCCGAGGGGAUCGAUUUCGACCACCACUAUGGACGCGCCGUGCUGUGCAUCGGCGUUCCAUUCCAGUACACCGAAUCCCGCAUCCUAAAGGCUCGUCUCGAAUUCCUCCGCGAGAACUACCGCAUCCGAGAAAACGACUUUCUUUCCUUCGACGCCAUGCGACACGCCGCUCAGUGCCUAGGUCGCGUCCUCCGCGGCAAAGACGACUACGGCGUGAUGGUCCUCGCUGACCGACGCUUCCAGAAGAAGCGGGCGCAACUCCCAAAAUGGAUCAGUCAGGCCAUGCUAGACAGUGAGACGAACCUCAGCACCGAUAUGGCAGUCUCUACGGCCAAGAACUUCCUGCGCACUAUGGCGCAACCCUUCAAAACAAGAGACCAGGAGGGGAUCUCGACGUGGAGCAUAGAGGACCUGGAGCGGCAUCGCGAGAAGCAGCUGUUGGAAGAUGAGAGAGUCCGUCGCGAGGCAGUAACCAAUGGGCACGCGAUGGACGGUGUCACUCACAAUGGUGCGGUCGCUGCUGCGGAUGAAUUCGAUGAUGAAAUUGACGAAGACCUCAUGAUGCUAGACGCGCAGUAACAUAACAUCGGUUAUCUCGGUCUGAUAGUCCUUUUUUCUUACCCCUCUUAUUUUUUUUUCCCCCUUCUCUUACCUUAUGUUGCAUAUUUGGGUGCGCUUUCCUCAACUUUAUACUAUCGCAUGUAACAUGAUACCAGGGCAGUUUUGGUGUUCACAUUGGGAAAAAGGAAACAAUAAUUUACCAUGUUAUAGCGAGUUUAGACAAAUCCUGGAACUAUUUAGUUACUUAUUUAUUUAUUUAUUCG